AUGGGCGCUCCACCUCCAGCUGGCGAAGAAAAGGUCGUCGUUUUGCGUACGGUGGGCGGCGAGGUUGCCCCCGCUUCGGCUUUGGCCCCAAAGGUUGGCCCGCUUGGUCUGUCUCCCAAGAAAAUUGGUGAGGACAUUUGCAAGGCCACCCAGGACUGGAAAGGAUUGAAUGUGACGGUAAAGCUUACCAUUAUCAACCGUCAGGCUACUGUCACACUGAUCCCCAGCGCUUCGUCGCUUCUGGUCAAGGAGCUCAAGGAGCCCCUGCGUGACCGCAAAAAAGUGAAGAACAUCAAGCAUGACGGUAAUUUGUCACUGGACCAAGUUAUUGCUGUCGCCCGCAUUAUGCGUGAGCGCUCGAUGGCUCGCCACCUUGCUGGAACGGUCAAGGAGAUUCUCGGUACGGCGUCUUCGCUUGGCUGCACGGUUAACGGUAAGGCCCCGACAGAGAUUCAGCGUCUCAUCACCGAGGGUGAGCUGGACAUUCCAGAAAACUAA